GUGACGUCGACUUUCUCUUCUCUCCCAGUGCCCCGUGAGAUGGUGGUAUUGGGCGGUGUUAAUAUCCAGUUUCCCUCUCCUUAAAGAAAAUCUACAACCAUCCGUCAAAAUGGUGAACUUUACCGUAGACCAGAUCCGUGAGAUCAUGGACAAGAAGUCCAACAUCCGAAACAUGUCCGUUAUCGCGCACGUUGACCAUGGCAAAUCCACCCUGACGGACUCGCUGGUUUCCAAGGCCGGUAUCAUCGCUGGUGCCCGCGCGGGGGAGACCCGUUUCACCGACACGCGAAAGGAUGAGCAGGAGCGCUGCAUCACCAUCAAGUCCACUGCCAUCUCCAUGUACUACGAGCUGAGCCAGAACGACAUGGCCUUCAUCAAGCAGUGCAAAGACGGCUCCGGCUUCCUCAUCAACCUGAUCGACUCCCCCGGACACGUGGACUUCUCCUCCGAGGUCACGGCCGCGCUCCGCGUCACGGACGGAGCCCUCGUGGUCGUCGACUGCGUCUCUGGCGUGUGCGUCCAGACAGAGACGGUCCUCCGCCAGGCCAUCGCUGAGCGCAUCAAGCCCGUCCUGAUGAUGAACAAGAUGGACCGCGCCCUGCUGGAGCUGCAGCUGGAGCCCGACGCGCUCUUCCAGACGUUCCAGCGCAUCGUGGAGAACGUCAACGUCAUCAUUUGCACCUACGGCGAGGACGAGGGGGGCCCCAUGGGGAACAUCAUGAUCGACCCGAAGAUAGGCACGGUGGGGUUCGGCUCGGGCCUGCACGGCUGGGCCUUCACCCUGAAGCAGUUUGCAGAGAUGUACGUCACCAAGUUCUCCGCCAAGGGAGAUGCUCAGCUGGAGCCCGAGGAGCGCUGCAAGAAGGUGGAGGACAUGAUGAAGAAACUGUGGGGAGACAGGUACUUUGACCCGGCCACUGGGAAGUUCAGUAAGACUGCUACCAGCCCAGACGGCAAGAAGUUGCCCCGGACCUUCGCCCAGCUCGUCUUGGACCCCAUCUUCAAGGUGUUUGACGCCAUCAUGAACUUCAAGAAGGAGGAUACAGCCAAGCUGAUAGAGAAGCUGGAUAUCAAGCUGGAUUCCGAGGACAAGGAGAAGGAGGGCAAGCCCCUGCUGAAGGCCGUGAUGAGGAGGUGGCUGCCGGCCGGCGAGGCCCUGCUGCAGAUGAUCACCAUCCACCUGCCGUCCCCCGUCACCGCCCAGAAGUACCGCUGUGAGCUGCUGUACGAGGGCCCUGGGGACGAUGAGGCCGCCAUGGGCAUCAAGAACUGUGACCCCAAGGCCCCCUUGAUGAUGUACAUCUCCAAGAUGGUGCCCACCACAGACAAGGGCCGCUUCUACGCCUUCGGCCGCGUCUUCUCCGGCUGCGUCUCCACGGGCCUCAAGGUCCGCAUCAUGGGGCCCAACUUCUCCCCCGGCAAGAAGGAGGACCUUUACGUCAAACCCAUCCAGAGGACCAUACUGAUGAUGGGCCGCUACGUGGAGCCCAUCGAGGACGUCCCCUGCGGCAACAUCGUGGGCCUGGUGGGCGUGGACCAGUUCCUGGUGAAGACGGGCACCAUCACCACCUACGAGCAGGCCCACAACAUGAGGGUGAUGAAGUUCAGCGUGAGCCCCGUGGUCAGGGUGGCGGUGGAGGCCAAGAACCCGGCCGACCUGCCCAAGCUGGUGGAGGGCCUGAAGCGCCUGUCCAAGUCUGACCCCAUGGUACAGUGCAUCAUCGAGGAGUCCGGGGAGCACAUCAUCGCCGGCGCCGGAGAGCUGCAUCUGGAGAUCUGCCUGAAGGACCUGGAGGAAGAUCAUGCCUGUAUUCCUCUGAAGAAAUCCGACCCCGUGGUGUCGUACAGGGAGACGGUGAGCGAGGAGUCCAGCCAGAUGUGCCUCUCCAAGUCGCCCAACAAGCACAACCGCCUCUUCAUGAAGGCCCGCCCCUUCCCCGACGGCCUCGCCGAGGACAUCGAGAAGGGCGACGUGUCGCCGCGCCAAGAGUUCAAGACGCGGGCCCGCUUCCUCACGGAGAAGUACGAGUGGGACGCGUCCGAGGCCCGCAAGAUCUGGUGCUUCGGCCCGGACGGCACGGGGCCCAAUCUGAUGAUGGACGUGACCAAGGGGGUGCAGUACCUGAACGAGAUCAAGGACAGCGUUGUGGCUGGGUUCCAGUGGGCCACCAAGGAGGGCGCUCUGUGCGAGGAGAACAUGAGGGCCGUUCGUUUCGACCUCCACGACGUGGCGCUGCACACGGACGCCAUCCACCGUGGCGGCGGGCAGAUCAUCCCCACGGCGCGCCGCGUCCUCUACGCCUGCCAGCUCACGGCUCAGCCUCGACUUAUGGAGCCAGUCUACCUGGUGGAGAUCCAGUGUCCUGAGCAGGUGGUUGGAGGGAUUUACGGCGUGCUCAACAGGAAGAGGGGCCACGUGUUCGAGGAGUCUCACAUCAUGGGAACCCCCAUGUUCGUGGUCAAGGCCUACCUGCCUGUCAACGAGUCCUUCGGCUUCACCGCUGACCUUCGCUCCAACACCGGGGGCCAGGCCUUCCCCCAGUGUGUGUUUGACCACUGGCAGAUCCUUCAGGGCGACCCCUCUGACCCUUCCUCCAAACCCGCGCAGGUGGUUACUGACACCCGCAAACGCAAGGGCUUGAAAGAGGGCAUCCCAGCUCUUGACAACUACCUGGACAAGCUGUAGAAGAACCACCUGUCCCGCCCCCCUCUCCUUCCUCCUCCAAUCACCUGGCUCCGGCUUCCCACCCCCCCUCACCCACCACCAAUCACGACGCUCCAAGAUAUGGCCCAGGAUAGGACAGUGGGGACCAAAAAACAUUUGACAAGGCCUUACAAUGAUGAGGCCUUGGAAGAAAAAAAACAUUGGAAUUAAGCAAUUUAAGAAACAAUUACAUGUAAUGUAAUGAAUUUUUUAAAUUGGGGGGACAAGUGUUUGAAAUGUAGACCAAUAGGACACCGUUACUAAAGUGUUAUUUAAGUGAAUAUUACAUGUGAGACAAACCAAAAGUAUGAUUGAUAAACUUAAAUUGGUUUUAAGUACCUAACAUUUUAAAAUGGGGAACAAUCACACGACGUGUGUUAAACAUCUUGUGUUGAAAGAAGAUGGUUUGGGGUUGUCAUGUCUAGGGGUGUUGAAUGAUAAUAAACCAUAAAAUGGGGGCUAAGCUCUCUUCACAUU